AUGCGACUCUUUCGGAACCGUCUCGAUUGUUUGCUGAGGUACAAUCGCCAACACGAUGAAGGAAAGGUGUCGUCCACGGCAUCGUGCUUCCGAUCACACCCCAAAAAUGUCAACAAGGAUACCGGAAAAACAGAUGCCACAAAGAAUACAGAGAACAUUGGUGAUUCGAGCAACUUGUGUGGCGAUAAAGGCGGCUAUGGCAAUGAGAUUCGAAACUGUGAAGAAGAGACAACCAGUGCGGAAAGCGUUAUUGGAGAUAAAAGGUGGUUCCCUGAAGAUGUGAUAAGCAAAGCAAAAGAGGGUGACAAAUCAUCCAAGCGUGUACCUUGCUUGGACAAGUCUGUGUUUCAGUCGGGAUCCCCACGCACAUGUGCCGGUCAGAGUGUCGAAGAAGUUGGUGGAAUUGAAAGACUAAAAAGUCAUCCAAUUGCAGCAAGCAUGGAAGAUGAAGCUGGAGCGCUUCACCUGCAGCUACAGGGUAGGUUGCGCAUUCCUCCUCUAUUCAAGGUAGCUGCUAUAUUUGGUCUCGAUACAAAUGUCCAGCCUCACCAGCAAUUCCUCGGAGUCGAAGAAAAUGACAUGGUUCUCCAGCGGCUGCUCACCAACUACUUCGUCCACAGACUCUCCUCCAAACUGCAACAGGUUUCUCUUCUUCUCAAGAUGCUCCCUCCUCAUCUGCCGCUUUUUCUAGGACCCGAAAACAAGCCCGUCUUGAGGCUCUCCAAAUUGACAGGUAUUCAAAUCCUGUUAUUCGGUGCGUCGAUUGCGGAGUCGCAGAGAAAUACACGUUACCUUGUCGAUCCAGCGGUUGCUGCGCAAUGUGUAAGACGGAGCUCCUGUGGACAGGCAUCGCAGAGCGAAUUUCGGCAGGCUGAACUUCGCGGGCACAUUGACGGGGUGUUAGCGGCUUACGCCCAUAUCGCUUAUCAUUUACAACAUCCUCUCAGAAAGGCUGUAGCGUACUGCGUCUUAGUGGCGUUGAAACAAGGCCGCGAUGCAGCUAAAAAGCAAGGUGGAAAUAGCGGUUCUUCUUUGGCAACGGGCGCAGAACUGCUUGACGCUGAAGAAGGAGUACCGCGGAAGGAAAAUCACGGCUUGAACAACGCUAAGUUUGAGGCAGCGAGGGUCACGAACGAUUUCGGCCAGUCUCCAGACUUUGCAGGCCCUUUGGACAAAGAAACACCUACGGAGGACGAGCUUAUCGGCAUCGUUUCCAAGCUUCUCAGCAUGCCCCCAGUAGCCUGUGAUUCUCCAGCAAUUGUCAAGGGCGUUGCUGUCGAGAGCGCCCCAACACUGCCUCUUUGUAUUCCGCAGAUAGCGCGUGAUGAGGUUUGGGUUUUACCCCUUCCAUAA